AUGCUUUAAAAAUUAAAAAUUUUAAAUUAUCAAUUUUAAAUUCCGCGUUACCAAGGUUUUCUUAGCACUUUUUAAAAGAACCAGCCAAAUUUCAAAUCUCCAUAAAUUAUCAGUAAUAAACCAAUUAAUACGAUAUCAAUGAUAAGAUUCAAAAUCUCAUAAAAACAUAAACAAUCAACCCAACCAACAAAAUGGCAUGUAAAUUUGUUUUCGAUAUUAUCGUGACUCAUUUCGAGUCUUCCGUUGUGAAAAUUAAUUAUCCAACAAAUUUGAGUAUAGUCGCCAAUUUUAAUAACAUAAAUGUGCCUUUGACAUCAAGCCGCAUUAAUGUUUCCGAGUUCAAAUCUGGCGCUGGCGUCGAGCUAAAUGCGGCGCCAAAAAAGAUGCGCGCGAAUCUUCAGGAGUGCGGCAUGGUGAUGACGGUCUCAUACAACGCUAAGGUCAUAGGCGCCGGUCAAAUAAUGUUCCCUCAAACCAUGAUAGAUAAGAUAGAAGCAGGAAUGACCGAUUUGAUGCACGUAGGCUCCUGCGAUUUCGAAAAAGAAGGGGAAUCUAUGGGCAACCUCGAGGUGCUUUGCCGUCUCAUCAUUAAAUGCGAAGAACAGUCAUUUGAAGAGCAGAGCGAAUGUCGCCGAAACAUAGACAAAUGCAUCAAUCAGGAGGACAUCAUGUUUAUUGUGAGCGAGUCACAGCGAUGUCCUAGCCCUUGCGAUCCUUGUCUGGACGCUUUGGAGCCAGAGGCUGGCGAUGAACUGCUGAAAUUGGAUAUGGCACGCUAUCGAAGCUCGAAUGCUGGUGGUUAUAGACCCGCAGAAAAUCUCAUUCACAAUCCGGUAGAGAAUUCCGCAUGUUGUCAGCUUAAGAGAAUGGCGGAGGAGUGUGAAGAAAUUGUUGACUCUAUUAUCAAGCGCUCUGGCCAUCCGAAGCCAUUAAAGUCGCCUUGCCGGAGACCAGAGGAACAGGGCGGUCCCUGUAGUGGUCCCUUUCAGUAUUUUCAGGAGGACAAUCAGCCACUUCGUUCAUAUGUUCCCUGUUUUUCGUACAUGCCAGCACGACAGGAUGAGGGUCCUGAUUUCUGCAAUCCGGCGCUGAUACCUGUACCAAUCAGUGACUUGCCGAAACCUUCGAUAAAACCAGCACGAUUUUGUCCAGUCUGCCUGACCAAUAUGUCAUGGCUUCCAAAAUUUGCCACCUGUCCCACGUGCGGGGUCAAGCCCAUGCCAGUCGUUGAGGAACGCCAUAAGGAGACGAAACUGACCUCAGAAAAAAUAAUAGCAGAGUUUUUGGGCAAAACGAAAGAUUCAAAGUCCGAUUACUGCGUUGACCCCUGCGAGUCGAAAAAGAAGCAAGUUGAUGAUGACGAGUGCCGUAAUGUUCAGUGCACGUGCAAGUGCGGCAAAAUGUGUACCCAUUGCCGCAUACGUAAGCUCUGCGGAGAAAUUUUCGAAGCUAGUAAAAAUGAGGCGACAUGCCCCAGCGUUAAGCCAAAAUCCUCCGAGGACUUCUGUGUGAUAAAGAAAGACUCUAAUGAGUGCCGGCCACAUUUAGCACGCGUGUUUUCCGAGCUUCGCGAUUUGUACGAGGUCAAAAACGCACAACACCCGUCACAACUCAAACUUGAAUGCGGCCAAAAACAAUCCAGCAAUCUAAACCAAUCAGCCAUAGACAAAAAACCAAAGCUUGAACAGAAGCCUAAGCAAAAGCCCACCAAAAGCAAGCAACCUGGUGUCGGACACAAGCAAUGCCCAAAAACAAAAGACAGCGUUUCACGCCGUCACGGCUGGGCCUGGAAAUUAAGGGAGGAGGCAAAGAUCAAUGGCUGGCGACCAGGGUUCGUUCGGAAGUCUGUUAAACGCCUCAUGAAGUUCUUUUUACAAUACUCUCCAGAAAAUAAGGCUUUCAAUAAGUGCCAGGAAGCGCUAGAAGCAGAAAAAGAACGCCAGCCACCCACUUUGCACGUUUGCAAGAAGAAUGGAGAGAUCUUCGUUACUUUACGGGCUCUAGAUAACAAAAAUAUGCAAAUGAAACCCAUUGUGUUCAGGGUGGUCAAAAGCGAUCUGGCCGUAGCCCUCAGGGAGAUCAAAAAGAAGCUGAAGGACAAGGGCUUCCGCAAGUGCACGUGUCAUAAGACAGUGAUGCUGUGUGUUUGCCGCGACAUCCUAGAAAAGAAGCAUCUCGAAUACGCACUGCAGAAGGAGUGUAAACGGCGAGGAAUGGAAAACUGCGUGGAUCAUUUGGUGCUCACAGACACCAGUGACAGCGAAAUGGAGUAUGAUUUCGAUGUGUCUCCGCCGGCUGCAUCGGCUCGGCCACCACGUCGACGCAAGAACGCCAACAACGGUACACAAACUAAUAAGAAAGAUCUAGUAGUACCAUCAAAGUAUCCAAUUACACUAAGUCCAUACUGGCGCGUCUAUGACUGUGCUGCAGGUGAUCGGUACACCGGUAAAGCGUUCGGUGGUCCCGGUGAAAAUGUAUUUGAGGAUGGCAUUUUUGGUUACGGCGGCGGCGGACCGCAAGGAGCAUCCAAUAUCCACGGAACACGAGGUGGUGGUCCAGGAGGCGUUCUCGGCGGCAAAUCAUUCCCCGGUAAUAAAAAACAGCCAGGACAGGGUAAAAGCGAACCCAUCCCAGUAAAAAUGCUCAAACGUCAUAUUGAAGCCAUUAAAAAUGCUGCUAAAGCCGAAAAAGAAGCAAUCAAGAAUGAAAUUGAACGUAAGAAAAAGGGAAUCAACCUAAUAAAGUAUUUGGAGAAACAUGGCGCCGUUCCUACACCCUGGGACCCUAAUAACCCUCAGCCAAAGAAACCGGUUGUAUCUGGACCAGUCCUGGGUCCUGAUGGACUCACCGAUGCGCAACGUAAGCGACGCCUUCUUCAGCAGACAUGCGUACCACCACUUGACAGUAUGCCCCGCCUGGGUAAGGGCUACGACCCCUGCCAAUGCUACAAUACGUGUGUCGCUCAGUGUUGCUAUCCAUGCUGCUACUGUUAAGACUCGUGCGUCCCAAUCAUAGAGAAGAUUUAUAAUUUUAGAAGAGACUGUACACAACGGUGUACACAAUAUGUCGAAAGAGAGUUCUUCGGAAAGUUUUCCACUUGAAUGGAAUAUUGCCCGACAGUAGGCAUAUGUGUUAAUUUUAGUUAAAAACGAUGCCAUGCCACUGUAUAUAAUUUUGUUUAGACUUCGGUUGUGAUUAAUAAGUCAUUUUUGUCAGUCAUACGUCAUUCGUGUAUGUUAGCUAAGCUCUACAAUAUAUUCAGUCCUAAUGUCCAUACACACAGAGACACAUGAAUUCCCAAUGUAUAACAGGAAUAAAAACAAAAGAUUAUGUGAAUAA